AUGAUUGUUGGCCAGAUUGGCAACUUCUUGGCUUUUAAAGAGGUCCACACUGUACUAGUGACUCCCCUGGGUGCCCUCAGAAUGCUGUUUGGCAUGGAAAUCUACCGGAGGGUCAGUUAUGAUGGGGUGUCCGAUCCAGUGUUUGUGGGAUACCUGUGCAUCGUGCUCCUCACGCUGCUGCUCCUCAUCUUCUGGAUUGCACCAGCCCAUGGGCCCACCAACAUCAUGGUUUAUAUCAGCAUUUGCUCAUUGCUGGGUGGUUUCAUGGUGCCUUCCACCAAGAGCAUUGGUCUGGCAACCCAAGACAUCUUCCACAACAACUCAUCUAGUCAGAGAGCCCUCUGUCUGUGCCUAGUGCUCCUGGCCAUGCUUGGCUGCAGCAGCAGCGUCCAGUUCAGGUACAUCAACAAAGCAUUGGAGUGCUUUGACUCCCCAGAGUUUGGGACCAUCUACUACGUUGUAUUCAUCACACUAGUCCUGUUGACUUCAGCCAUAAUAUUCUUGGAAUGGACAAAUGUGGGCCUGUGGGUGUUAGCAACCAUAUCUGUUGGAAUUGUCCUCGUACAGGUGUUCAAAGAAUGCAAUUUUAACAUUGGGGAGUUGAACAAAUCUAAUAUGAAAACAGACUAA